CAUUGGCUGCACCAGGGUGGAUUUGCUGUGUGUAUUUUUAGUGUUGCUUCCCUGUUCAGCGCCGAGCGGCCAGCUUUAUUCCCCCCUGUCCCGGUCCUGCUCAGUACAGCACAAGUCAAGGAGAGGGGGGAACUCACAGUGGCAAUAUCCCCUGUCAUCCCACUGUGAAAUCAGCACCCAGCCUGGAGCAGUCAGAGCUGAGAGCGGCUUGUUACUGGGACCUGUCUCGUUCUAAUCUGCGGGUUUGCAAAUGGCUAGUCCGAGCGUCAGAGACGGGGAGUGGGGAGAAACUCCGCAGCAAGACUCCGGCCCCGGGCCCGCCUUCACCGAGGCUCAACACUGGAUAGAACAAGUAACAGGCAGAAGUUUUGGUGAUAAAGACUUUCGAACAGGCCUGGAAAAUGGGAUUUUACUUUGCGAGUUAUUAAAUGCAAUAAAGCCCGGGGCUGUGAAGAAGAUCAAUCGUCUGCCAACUCCCAUUGCAGGACUGGACAAUAUUACUUUGUUUUUGAGAGCAUGCGAAGAGCUUGGACUUAAGGGAUCACAGCUUUUUGACCCAGGUGAUCUCCAAGAUAUGACCAACAGAGCUACUGUCAAAGUACCUGAGUACAGCCGGAAAAUGAAAAAUGUUUUGAUCACUAUUUACUGGCUUGGAAAAGCAGCGAAUAGCUGUACAUCUUACAGUGGACCAACGCUGAACCUAAAAGAAUUUGAAGGGUUGUUGUCUCAGAUUCAAAAGGAGAUGGAGGACACAGAUAGUCCAAAGCGAAGCAUUCGUGACAGCGGCUAUAUUGACAGCUGGGAUUCUGAGCGCAGUGACUCCCUAUCACCUCCCAGACAUGCCAGAGAUGAUUCCUUUGAUAGUCUGGAGUCUUUUGGGUCACGGUCACAGCAGACUCCAUCCCCAGAUGUUGUAUUUAGAGGAAGUAGUGAUGGUCGUGGCAGUGAUUCAGAAUCAGAUGUGACACAGAAGACACCUGACGUAAAACGAGACGACAUGUCUGUCAGACGGUCUUCCUAUAAUGAACCUAAAAUUUCCUUGCCCUUUAACCAAUACCUACCCAACAAGCACAAUCAUACAGCUUAUAUGCCUGCACCCCUCCGAAAAAAGCAGGCAGAGCGAGCAGAGAACUAUCGGAAGAGUUGGAGCAACACUACUUCACCUGUAGGGUCAGAACGCCCUUUCAGUCACCCUGAGCCUAUUGAAGAAGAACACAGUGAAGAAUCCUCUCAGGGUGAAGAUUUUGCUGAGCCAUCAUCUACAGUUACCAAAACUCAAGUGAUUAAUGAUUCCAAGCCAGCUGAAAAGUCUGAACUUGCUCCAGCCGAGGAUGCUGGUGGCCUCGAAAACCAGUUACAAGCUUGUCCAGUGGCAGACACUGAGCACAGAACAUCCAAAGAAGGUGCAAGAUGGGAGGGAAAAGACGAAGAAGAAAUGAAGAAGUUGAAAAGAAUUCAGAAAGCUGGUAUCACAGUCAUGCCAGCAUCUGAGAGAUACCGCAGAUACAGUCCUACAGUAGCCCUGUCUGAUGAUACAGGAAGUGUCAGUAUGAAUGACAUGAGACCGGAAGAUGACAAUUUAGCACAGCCCCACAGUAAAGCUCGGCAUGAGGAGCUACACAAAGUUCACAGUCGACUUCGUGAAGACCAGGACAGAUGGCAAGACGAUCUGGCUCGCUGGAAGAACAGGAGAAGAAGUGCUUCACAAGACCUGAUCAAACGGAAGGAGGAGCGAGAUGUUGUGGAAAAAAUAAUGAGUGGGGAACGCAAUUUGUCAGAAAGACGGAGGAGCAUUAAAACCUAUAAAGAAAUAGUGGAAGAAAAGGAAUCCAGAGAAAAAGCUCUGCAAGAGGCGUAUAACAAAGCGAAGACUCGAGAAGAAGCUGAAGAAAUUUUGAGGAAGUAUUCACAGAGAUUUAUAAUCAGUGAAGCUGUUCUUGAAAACCUGGAAAUACCAAAAUUUCUGGAGAGGAGUCAGUCAGUGGAUUCAGAUUCUUCAUGCUCACCAACAAGGGAAUCAAAUUCACUGAAAUACUUACGACAGCAGUCAUUGCCAAUCCAAAAGUAUACUGCCACUGUUGAAGCAGUGAUCACUCCCAGCAGCCAAUCACAGUCUAACUUUUCUGGAGUAGGCACAUCCCCAACCAAAACUGUUGCCUCCAAGACAGUGCCUAUGUUGACCCCCAAGCCUUAUUCACAACCAAAAGAUUCCCAGACAGUGCUGAAAUCAUUUAAGAAGGAUGGAAAGAUUAGGAUAAAUGGAGAGAGCAGCCCCACGUUUACCAGGGUGGAAGAGAGUGCCUCUCCAUUCCUCACCCCGUCACAGAUGUUUGAAGGUGUGGCAAGAGUGGACAACACCCCAUUGCAGUUACAGACGGAGAGCGACAGCCCUGUAUCCCAAUCCGAGCAGCUUGUUCCUUCUGCCACGAACAACCUACAGAGCGCACAGGCAGAGCAGAUGGAACUAACUGAGAUCUCAGUGGACGUUGCCACCACCCAGCAGCCAAGCAUUGAGAAUGAAUUCGAUCUUAAAUCCACCUGCAGCGACCCUGAGAAAAAGUCGGUGGAAGAUGCCAUUCCAGAAGAAGAUCAUCACGAAGACCUGCAAACUUCACCUGAACCUGUUGCCCUGUCGGGCAAUGCUGAGUUGGACUUAAGGGACACAUUAGAUUCCAAAAUAAUAACCACAGAUGAAGCCUGCUUAACUCUCAAGAAUGAGGCAUCAGAUAACAGCACCCAAGAGCAGCUUGAUCAAGAAGGAUUAAAAUCAGUAACACCUCAAUUGGACAAAACUGGAGAUGUAUUGGAUUCAGAACAAAGGAUAACUGAAGUGAAGGAAGAAGCAGCAGAGAACAGUCAGCCUGUUGACAUUAUUAUUCAACAAGGUAAUCCUUCAGAGUCAAACAUGACUUGCUUCCACACCUGUUCUCUGGGCUCAGAACUGGUUGAUGAGGCCAUCGUGGGAUUCGCAGACUCUACUACAGAGCCUUCUAAUUCUGCCAGUGUUCCGGUUUCAGUUCGGAACUCUUGGCGACGCUCAGAGUUUUUCUCACAGCCAGUGGAAGUGGAAAGCAAUGAAAAUUCAAAUAUCCCAGUUGCAUCUUUAAAUCUCCCUAAGCAUUCUGACUGCUGGUUUUGGGAUCCAGAGGAAGAACGCAAGCGACAAGAGAGAUGGCAGAAAGAGCAGGAACGCUUGCUCCAGGAGAGGUACAGAAGGGAGCAUGAAAAACUACGUCAGGAAUGGGAAAAGGCACAAAAGGAGGUCGAGGAGGAAGAACGCAGAUAUCAUGAAGAAGAGCGUAAAAUUAUUCAAGAAACAGUAACUCCACUGACUCCACAAUCACUGCCUAUCCACCUUCCCUCUGAGUGGCUCUCCAUCUCAAAAACAGAGGAAAUUAGGAAUUCUAAUUCCACGGAAGUCACAGAUGAGGGGAUCAAGCAGAGUGACCCACAGAAGCAAAAUAUGGUGGAAAUUGACAGUUGUCAAAAAGGAGAAGAGGGAGGAAUACUGGCUAGAGAACACCAAAGCCAUAAGGAAACAACACAGAGAUCAACACAGGAGCAAGAAGAAGUACAGAGCUCAAAGAAUGGGAAUGGAUAUGAGGAAAAUUGUGAUAAACCUGGGACAAAUAAAUUAGAGAAAUUGCACUGGCAGGACAUGAAACAACAGGAAUCUAAAGAAAUAGGGAUGAACUUCCAGUCUGAACCACAUGUCUUCCAAACAGAUGAAGAAAAUGCCAGUGAGAGACAGAUUCAGGCACACAGUCAAACACACCUCACUGAUCAUCAGCAAGUGUCAGCUCAAGCUGCAGGCUCCCCAGUUUUUUCAGACAGACCACAGAACGCACAAGAACUUCCGCUGUUUCUUGACCUUCAAAGGAACAAGCUACCUGACGGUCAAAGUGAAAUGAAGGCUGGGUCUCUGGAUAGAAGCUGGGCACAUCAGUCAAAUAUAGUGGACAGAAAAAACCGAUCUGGCUCUCAUGAAGAUUUACAAUCAAGCCAAUCAUUUCCUCAGCCACACUCAUCUCCUCAACUCCAGUCUCCUAGCAGAUCAGUCAGUGGGAAGAAGUUGUGCUCGACCUGUGGGCUUCCCCUGGGAAAAGGUGCAGCCAUGAUCAUUGAAACACUCAGUCUUUAUUUUCACAUUCAGUGUUUCACGUGUGGUAUCUGUCAAGGACAACUUGGGGAUGCAAGUACAGGGACAGACGUCCGGAUCCGUAAUGGUCUCCUAAAUUGCAAUGAUUGCUACAUCAGGUCCAGAACUGCUGGACAACCCACGACUUUAUGACCCUGCUACAUUUCAAUGAGCAAAUGAAAGCCCAACAGAGCACAGAUGGCCCUGAAGUUCAACGCGAUAUACUCUGUUUGGACACAGUCGCGGAUAGAAACCAUCAUUCACUGGCUUCCACACUCUGAGAACCCUUUUUUUCCCCAAAACAACAUUUAGCUGCAUUGUUAUUUUGACAGCCAACACUUUAAAUCAUUUUCUUGUUUAGUGAAAAUGCUGUCCUUUGUUCAUAUAGUCACAAUAGUAGCGUAAUUUGGUAUAUUUUUGCUGUUGAAGAAAAGCUUGUAACUGAAUUCAACAUGUUUUAAUUAAUAUUGUGUAAUAUGUAAUUUAUUUUAUUGCCUCCUCCAGUUAUGAAAAUGUUAAUCAUAAAGGUGCAAUUACAAGUGGAGUAAGUGAAUAAAACUCUAUUUGUCCUGUGUAGUGGUUAAUAACUUUGUCUUCCUUUCCUUGGGACUAAUUUGAGCCAUCUGUGUCACAUUUACGGAAUGUAGAGAUCAUUCCAAAUGCAUAGAGUAGAUUUGCAAUUACCUUGAUAUUUUAGAAUGCUCUGUCCUUUGGCUGCAUUUCUUCAUGAUGUAAGAAUAUCAUGAAAGUCUAGCAUGCAGAAAAGAAAAUUGAUAAAGAGGUAAUAACCAAGCUUUUCUUCCAUCCUAGGUAAUAGUAAAUUACAACUACACAAUGUUUUGAUUCCGACAUGGCAUUGUUAAACAAAAACAGAAUUGAAAACCGAAUUGUUUGCCUUUGAGGAAAAUGUGUGUGCCAGAAAAAAGAUUUGCACUCAAGUUUGCUGUUUUGGGAAAAAAAAAUACAGUUUAUAUUUAAAACCUGCUUCAAAUGUGUAGUCAGUGGUUGGUAUCAUGUAUCAGAUCCUUUAGGUUGUUUGUUGUAUGAUUCAGCUGAUUGAUCUGUUCCACUGUCUUAAAAACAAAGCAAUUAGAUCAAUACUUCCUUCAAGCUAAUGAUUAUUUAGUAGACAACUGCCAGACUGCAAUUCAAAUGCAAGUCAACAAAAAGGAAUAUACCUCUCCAAUACCAUGAUCAGAGGUUUUCCAAUAUAGUAUGGAACACGUCCAUAUUAUAGCAUUUCCCUGUUAACCCAGGCGUUUCCAUUGUUUGCGUGCUUUGAUCGGUGUGCUUACAAUUCCAACCAUGUUCUGAUAAAUACAAUCAGUAUAUCUGUGCAUGCUCAAAUACUGUGGAUUAUAGUCUGAGUUAUGAAUAUAGUCUGCACAGCAUUUUAGGUUGAGAUAGCAAUUUGGAAAUGGCUGAAAAUUCAAUGAGUGGUAAGCUGUUGGUUUCAUAUUUCUACAUCCAUUUGAUAAUGGAGUAAUUCCUCACUAUAAAUAAUAAAAUGUGUUAGCAUCCUGCUAAGCUAACUAAAAGGUAAAUACAAUUAUCUUGUUAUUAUUGCACCUUUCUUAUGAAAUGUUCUCCCUAAAAGCAUUAAAGCUAUGAAAUAUUUUUACAAGUCAAUUUUUCUAAGUAAGGAUUCAAUUUAAAUGGCUUAAAUUAUUUAUAAUUCUAUCACAACGCACUAUUGGAAUAAUCUGAAAAACUGUUGAAGGUUUUAUAAAAUACUGGAAAAGUGAAGACUAAUUAAGUGGGAGAAUUUGCUACAAAAUGAUUUUGUUUAGUUUUUUUUAUAUUUCUCAGACUUUUAGAUUAUCACUUGGGUUGACUUGUAGCUCAAGCAAGCCACCAAUCAAGCAGUUACAAUUAAUUUGAGGCAUGUCAUAAUUCCUUGUUUAGCAAACCAGUUAUAUCUGAGGCAAAUGCUUGCAAAGAGAUACAAUGGGGAACUGAAAGCACCUAAUUAGCCAAUGACUUGUAUCUGCCUUAAACAACAGCAAUACAACACCUAUUCCGCAUUUAGAGCUCUUAACUUCCUUGCAGGAGGAUAAAUAGUAAGGUGUAGUCCAUUAUCAUGUAGCAGCUUUGUUAAAGAGAACAUAAAUUAAUAAGUCUCUUUGGUUCAGCAUUAAUUACCUAAAUUGUAAGGUUGAUACUUAUUUAUUAAAAUAGUUUUCAGUCAUGUUUUGCAUGUUGAUGAUAAGGCAUUAUAUGAUAAUUGUGUGCUUUAUUUUUAUUUGUAUUUGUUGUUUGAAUAGUUUGUUAAAAUGCAAUAUUUGCUUCAUUUACACUAAAACUGUGCCUUAGUAAGUGCAGGCUAUUGCAUACGAAUGAUGAGAAGUGAAUAUGAAGUGUUGGUAUCUGGCUCAGUAAACAUCUCUGCCAGCUCUUAAUACACUAGGUGCAUCAAACUGCGAAGAGGGUGAGUCAGACAUGACGCUGAGGCCCAACUGGUUCAUCUCAUGUGACUGGCUCAUGCGACCCAAAGAUUCCUACCCUCUGCAUGACUUCAGCAAAGGCUGAUGUUUCUCUUAGAGUCGGUUCAUUCAUUGUGUAAAAUUCAUCUCUUACUGUUCAAAAGAUUUUUAAAGACAACUUUUUACAUAUUCUUGUACACUUUAACUCUUCAGAAAUUACCUGCAGAGGAAGCAUUGAACAUGUAUUGUAGCACAUUCUGUACCUAUUCCAAUAGCCCCCUUUACAAAUAUGUCUGUUUUUAGUAUUAAGUGUAUUUGAUCCAAAUACACAGUAGGUUUAUAAGUGGUAGCACUGUGACUUCUUGAUAUGCAGUAUACUAUGUUAAGAUUUAUGUGAUCCACAAUAGUAAUAGUGUAACCCUUUUCAAUACAAUAGGCGAAGCAGAUUAUAGAUUGGAAACUAUUUUCAGCAGUAUUAGAAGAGUGGUGAAUUUGUAUCCUCUUCCCAUGUGCACUAUUUUAAAGGUAUUAUUCACUUAUUCAAGGGAAGUUGUGAAAUGUCAUAAAGCACAUUGGAGUAGAAAUUCAUCCUCUGUUUUAUAUGCUAACAAUGUGAAGUAGUGACUGAUACAAGUUGAAAUCCAAUUCUGAAAUUGUUUUAUUGACAAAAGUUAAUUAAAAUUUCACGGUUUAAUGCAAAUGCAUUAAUAUGUUGCACUUUUAACACACACAACAGAAAACACAUUUCCAUCCACAACAAAUACUGUUAAUAAUUCUUUGCCUAAAAUGUCAAUGGAAAUGUUCAGAGAAGUGAAUUUCAAUUAAUUGUAACAUAGAUGAUCACCCUGCUUAACCACUGUGCAACAUGUGAGGUCCAUAUUUGGAGUAUUAGUCAGUUAAGAGUUAUCAGUGUAAUUACUGUCAUGAUUGCCCAUUUUCCACUGUCUCUUGAUUAUUCAUGCUGACAUAAUUUGAUGUGGUUUCCUUAAAGUAACACUUCAUGUAUUUCUGCCGCCAUCCAUUAACACCUGUACUGCGAUCACUUAUUGCAGAGAGUACAUAGUUAAACCACAUUUCCCCAGAAUGGGCUGGACCAAAUGUGGGCAUGGACAGGCGCACAAUGAAAUGACAUAUUGUAACUGGGGCUGUUCUUCAAACAUAAAGAAUUACAAUUACCUGGCAUAUGCUACAGUUGAACUAUUGUGCUAUAUGUAUAGUGUUUUGCCUCUUGAAGGAAAAGUUACAAUGUUCAAUUAAUGCAACAGCUUUUAUAGUAAAUGUAUGUUGUUUAUAAAUAAAAAGUAAAUCUAUAGUAAUGUAAUGCUUUCAUUUCUCACUGUUCACGGUUUAGAACAUUUUUAUGUCUGUCUAUAAUGAUCAUAGUCAUUUUGUGCUAAUUUCUUUUAGAUUCUAUAUCCACAUUUCAGAUGCAGAUUCUGGUUAAUGCUGGAAAAUAGAUGCUGGGAUCUCAAUGCAUGAUUACCCCUUGUCUGCUCAAUUGAAUGCAGACACAGAAACAAAUUCAUCCUGUUUAAGUACUCUGAUUUCAGUCAUUGCUAUUAGUUGUUUUUGCGCACCUCCUGGCGCAUGAAUUUCCACUGUUUAACGCCAUCCUGCAUCUAAUA